UCAAAACUCUCAUCUUUCCUUGUUGAUCUGAGACGAGUCAGGUUAUCACGAGCGGACUUCAAAACCUGUCAAAUCAUCUAAAAUGUUAAUUUGAAUUAGAGCUGUGCUAUACGUCCGACGACACGUCCGACGACGAGCACAAUCACGGGCCAACUGGCCCCUUGCAAUUGGAUAAUUUGAAAAAAAAUCUGAUAAGCUGCAGUUUUUUAAAUCAUCAUACCAAUAAAAAGCUGCCAAACCAGCUCGAUGGGAAUUCAAUCCGGAUACAAAGUAUUUUCCUUUGAAUUAAGCCGAGAGCAAAAGCUCUUCAGUAACAUCGGGGCCAAUGGUGCUAAUUGCCAACCAUUUCUCAUUUAGUGCAAAUCAGAUAACAUUAAAGGUCAUCUUGUCCUAUUAGAUCCUGUCACACUUAACAUGCAGACUUUUUUUGGGAUCUCAAUAGUCAAUGACACUUUUUCUAAAAUUCAUUUUUGGCAUUUUACUCAUUUAGAAAAAAUAUGAUACUAAUAGGUACACAAGUCUACAAGGAAGCACUAUUUACAGUUUCAGUAAAAUGAUCCAAUAUUAGUGAUUAAUUUCACAUGGGACCCCUGAAAUGAAAGUGAGUAGUCAUUCAGUACUCUCUUUAAAAGGGUCCAAAAGACUCACGUCCCACCAAGACUAGCCACACGACACAAGAAACAAAACAACAACACAAUCGUAAACCCCUCCAAAUAAAAAAAAGAAGAAAAAAAUUGAAUGAAAAGACCAAGUAGAAUGGUUUAAAAGAAAAGAAGGAAAGAUGUGUAGAUUCUAAGGAUGGAGACUCACCCACCCCAAUUAGACAAAUCGCACAUGACUACAAUAACCCAUUCAUUCACAACAGCUGCCGUCGCCUUCACGAGUCCUUCAUUUUAGCCUCUCUUUCAUACUCUCUUUGACUUUCUCACUCCUCCAAGUCAUGUAAAUUUCUCUACUAACCACUCUUUGUAUGUAUUCUUUGUAUGUAUAUAUAUAUAUAAAAAGAAAGAAAGAGAGAGAGAGAGUAGAUUAGUUGACCAAAACACGCAAAUGCAGGGAAUGGGAUCACAAAGACCCGCAAUUUAAUCGCUCAAGGCUAAAACAAAGACUUCAAUCUCACGUAAGCGUUUUUCUUGGAUAUAAAAAAUACUCCAAAGAAGACGAAGAUUCCUCACUUGGGUCAUUUCUACUACUAACUUCACUCAUUACUGCAUUAUCUCUACCAAGAAAAAGAAGAGAAAGAAAGGCUCAAAUGGUCAGCCCCGGUGACGGUGGCUCGCCGCCGACUCAGUCCAACUCCAGUCACGACCCUCUGAGUCGCCUCGUCCAAAGCAUUUUCUCCUACAACAGCAAUGUCAUGCUUGCCGCUCUCGUCUCCUUGCUUUUGGUAAUUGUCUUCGUCUUGCUUCUCCAUGUAUACGCCAAGUGGUUCUUGGCUCAGGCCCACCACCACCACCGGCGGCGAAACAGGCCCAUCACCACCGUCUCCCGCGUUCUCGGCCCCUCCCGUUUCCACAGCUUCCCUCCUUUCAAUCUCGACCUCUCCUCCACCACCUUCCAACAUUCCAAAGGUCUCGACCCCUCUAUCAUUUCCGCCAUCCCAUUGUUCGUUCACAAGGCCACCCCCGCCGAUGAUCUCGAUGGGCUUGAGUCCGAGUGCGUCAUCUGUCUGAGUGGCUUCGAAGACGGCGACGUGGGCCGUAAAUUACCCAAAUGCAGCCACGAGUUCCACUUGGAAUGCAUCGACAUGUGGUUAGGCUCCCACUCAAAUUGCCCAAUUUGCAGAGCUCCGGUAGUCUGCGACGAAAAGGCCGCCACCGCGACUGUCGAUCCCAGCAACGGCGAAGCUAAUUCAACGGAGGCUUCACCGCUGCCAGCAGCGGCCGAUUCGGUUGUGGUUGAUGUGUUGGGUCCGGUUGAUUCUGAAGAGUCCGAUUGUUCUUCGUCAUCUUCCUCUUCUCCAUCUUCGUUUGGGUGCUCUCUGAAGAGAAUGCUGAGCAGGAACAGAUCGGAGAACAAGGUUUUCCCGGCCUCCACAGUGAAUGAGAGCAAUCAAGUAUAACUAGCCAUGAAAAAAUUGCUCUGUUUCUCUAUAAUGUUCAUAUUUAGCUUCUUUUUUUGGUAAACCAUUUAAUUUGUAUACAAAAUAGUUAUAUUUUUUGGUU